CACAAUGGCUGUCCUUCCUCUUUGGUCCUGCUUGCUGGUCAGUUACUUUUCUGUUUCUUUAGCAGAACUGUCCAAUCUCUCGGAUCUCUAUCCCCCACUGUGGGAGGAGAGUCCUGGUCAGUUCAGUGACUACCAGGUGGAGAAUGGAACAUACAUUAUUGACCCCUGGGUAUACACUGACAGACUGGGGAUGUAUAAAAUCCUAAUCAACAAGACAGCCACUUAUUUUGAAAAAUAUGCACCAGAAAAUGAACAAAAUAUUUUAUGGGGAUUGCCUGUCCAGCAUGGGUGGCAAUAUAGAACAGUUAGUCGUGAUGUGACUAAAGAUAGUCAACUGUUGGAAUAUUUAUCCAAACCAGAAGCGAACUUUGGAAGAAAUUGGGCUACAGCUGUGAAAUAUUUAGGUGCAUCGCUGUUUCCUACAACCUUGAUUAGAGUUCAUGAAUUCCAGAAGGGUCUCCCAUCACGAAUGUUUGUUAAUGGGGACAGAGGCCCCUUCAUCAGUGACUUUACUAACUUUCAGAACACGGUCCUGCUUAGUCUAAAUCUACUUUACAAAGUAGAUAACUCUAUAGGUUCAUUAUCUUUGCCUGUAUGGAAAACUUUAAUGAAGACACAUGAGGCAAGGAAGCUAUUUCUAGAGUUUUUAGAAAUAAUUGUUAAAAUCUUUAAUUCAACGUUUCUGGAUAUGAUUAAUGAAUUAAAAAUGAAUGAUAAUUUGUUGAGCAACAGCAAUUUCAAAAUUUGAUGUGAUCCCAGCCUUAAGUUUUCUUAUUUCUGGUGUUUUUGAUUGUGCUUAUGCAUUCCCAACUUUAAAUCCAAAUUAACGAUAUGAUUAUUUUACUCAAUUAGUAAUUCUUGAUUUUUGAAUUUAUCAAUACUUAAAAUGUCCAGGAUUUAAAUAAGACUGCAUUAAGCUCUAAUAAAUCACUAAGAAAUUAAUAGACACACAUUAAACUUGUAUGGCUCUUUUAUAGUUCUCCUAUGUAAACUAAUUUCAUGAAAUUUAAAGCAAUAUGUCUUGCUGAUUUAUAAUCUAAAUCCAGACUACUUUCAAAUAAAAUACUGACAAAGUUUUUAAAACUCA